UCACUUCCGGGAACAUGUUUCUGGUGUUAGACAGUUUGUUUUAGUCUUAUAUGCUGAAGCUAAAACCAGUUAAAUGCCACAGUUAGCCCAACAUUUAGAGGAAUAACAUCUUUUUAAAUCCUACUCCUCUCACAGACUGCACUCAUGUCGGCCAGGAGCAACGGUGUGGAGUGGGUUGAGACAACGGAGGAGGUUGUGAUCACAGAGGAGUGUCUUUCCCCUGUAAACAACAACCCUGCAGUGAUUCCAGUUUUAGAGCCAGAAGAAACACCCAUCCAGAGGUUACUGGAAACUGUGGGACAAGGAGAUAACCCAGAGGCUGAUGAUGGUUUCUAUUGCAAAGAGUGUCUACCUCUCUUCCAGGACCAGACUGAUCCGGCCAACAUUAACGGCCCAUCUUUUAUCCUGGACUUUCCAACGAGCAUGGGAGUCCCCCAGAGGGCCCUGCUCACUAUUCCUUAUGGCCUCAUGAUUGGUAGAUCCAGUAUUCCGGGGGCAGGCGUAGGCGUCAUAAACCACGGACCCACAGUGUCUCCUGGGAUGCAUUUCGGACCGUAUGAGGGGGAGGUGACGACGAGGGAAAACGCAGUGGAGAGUGACUUCUCCUGGGAGAUUUAUAAAGGGAAAGAGGAGUAUGAAUACAUUGAUGCUGCAAGAGAUUCACACUCAAACUGGAUGAGGUACGUGAACUGUGCUCGUAAUAAAGACGAGACCAACUUGCUUGCGGUCCAGUACAAAGGCAGCAUCCUGUUUCACUGUUGUCGCACCGUUCUACCCGGAGACGAGCUCAUGGUGUGGCCCAGCAGCAAACUGCUCGACCAUUUCAGUGAAGCGUGGACUCAGAUGUGGCUGAUGAGGCUGAACGCAACAGAGAGUUGCACUGCAGCAGCACUUCUCUGCUCCCACUGUCAGCUCACCUUCACUACAGAGUCUUUCCUCCAGAGACACACUCAACACUUCCACAAGCAGCCCACAGAGGACGUGACACUACCAGCUGCCGAGGCCACAGAACCAGAAACUCCCGCUUCGACCGCCGACUGUGAAGAAGCGCUGGUGGUGUUAUCUGUUGAUCCCGUCGUGUCCCAUACAUGUGGAGAUUGCGGGAAGGUGUUCAAGCAAAUGCCUCACCUGAGGAGGCACAAGCUCUGUGUCCACUCCAAUAAGCGUCCGUACUGCUGCCCACACUGCAGGAGGAGCUUCAGCCAGGCGUCCGGAUUAAUCCGACACCAGUUAAUUCACAGAAAGCAGGUUAUGUUUAAGGAGACAGAUGCUGCUGCAGAUCAGAACGAGAGAGAAGAGAGCUCAAGGUCAGAACAUUUAAACCCUGCAGAUCCACCUGAGGAAGCAAAGGAGGUAGAUAUAACAGGUGUAGAAGAAAAUACUUCAACAAGAGAAGCAGAAACACCCCAAUCUAUUUGUUCAGACUGCGGUAAAGGCUUCACAAGUGAUGCUUACCUGAGGAAGCACAAGCUGACCGUGCACAAAGGGCUGCGUCCGUAUGUCUGCACCGUGUGUCAGAAGUGCUUCGGCCAGUACAGCGAUUUGAACAGACAUCUGCGGCGUCACCAAACGCCAAACAAGGGAGGGCAGAAAAUAAAUCAGGACCCAGAAGAAGCUACGGAGACACCCUUUGGCUGUGCUGAGUGUUCGCUUACGUUUCCCUCAGCAGAGAGUCUCCUGCAGCACAAUCAUGAGAGUCACUCAGAGGAGGCAACAGCAGGGAAUCAGGAGGAUGAGCAGAGGCUGGAUCCAGACUUCAGUCCACCUAAAUCAGCCGCAAAUGAGUCGAUCCAAACGCUUCCAUCACAGAGGCCUCAGAGACUUGGUGCAAGAUCUAAAGUGUCCGCCAUAACUAAGCUUAUCGCUCCAAAACGAAGGGCAGCAAACUGCAAAAAGCUGAAAAACAGCUCUGUACAGGCUGAGAGCGGCUCCCCCGAAACAGAGGAACCUCCUGCAAAGAACGGGAAGUUAACAAAGUACAAAUGGUUCAGCUGUAAUCGCUGCAAAAGAACGUACGGAAACCAAGAGGAUCUUAAAGCUCACACAUGUGCUUUGAGGCAGCACAAGUGCGGUCAGUGUGGGGCGACCUUCAUGAAGUCAAGCUUCCUGAAGAGACACGAGCAGACGGCGCAUGUGAACUCUAAAACAUUCAACUGCGAGCGCUGCGGGAAAGUCUUCACUACGUCUGCUAACCUGAAGCAGCAUCAGAAGAACAACACGUGUAAGAAGUAUCACUGCACGUCGCAGCUCUUCCCCUGCUCCUUCUGCCAGUUCUCCUUCACGUUGAAGAGCUACCUCAUCAAACACAUCAAGAGGCACCACCCCGUGGAGUACCUGACGCUCCAGGACUCAGAGAGCCUGGUGGACGAGCUGGAGGAGGAGGAAGAGGAGGACAAAGAAUGUGAGUGCCCUCACUGCGGGGAGAGCUUCCCGAGCGGUAAAGCUUUGAAAGCUCACGCGUGCUUCCAGCAGGUGAAGGUGCUCUACCUGUGCACGGACUGCGGGAAGGGCUUCACGAACCACUACGGGCUCAAGCAGCAUCAGCGCGUCCACACGGGCGAGAAGCCGUACAGCUGCCCGCACUGCACCAAGAGCUUCUCCUACACGGGGCAGCUCAACGUGCAUCUCAGGACUCACACCGGGGAGAAGCCGUACCUGUGCACGCACUGCGGGGAGAGCUUCAGGCAGUCCGGAGACCUGAAGAGACACGAGAGGAAGCACACGGGGGUGAGGCCCUACAGCUGCCCCGAGUGCCGUAAGAGCUUCAGCCGACCGCAGAGUCUCAAAGCUCACCAGAUGCUCCACCUGGGACAGAGGAUGUUCAAAUGUACGCAGUGUGGGAAAAGCUUCUCGAGGAACUAUCACCUCAGGAGACACCAUCAGAAGAUGCACCUGUAGGGACGUUGAAGGGCGGGUGAAAUGAUGAAUUGCACUAAAGAGUCAGAUUUAAGAGCUGUGGAGAACUCCUGAAUGUCCUGUUCUUUGAAGUAUUUUAACGUAUGUGCUUAAAGAUCAAUUCCGACUGAAGAUAUUUAGUUUUUAUGUAAAGAAUUAAGUUAUGAGCCUGGCCUUCACAAACAGCAGAUAGGAUCCACUGAGAUUGGGACCAGACACAUCUGCCAGAGUGUUGACAGUGAGCUGGCAGACCUCUCUUGUCCCCAACCAAGCUAACUUGGUUCCUUAUUGUCUCACGAUGUCAACAUGAAAAUAUAAAGUUUGAAAUAAAACCACCCCACAUGUUCAUCA